AUGGCAAAUGUUCAAAAUGUUUUCAACAAAAUUUUGACAGUCGACCCAGGUGGUUACUUCCCAACAGGAGAACCAUAUGGACCACUCACAACAUCAUUCACGUUCGCACCACGAUGUACCGACAACUGGAGAGUUGACGACGACGAUUUCAUGUACCCACACUCUCUCACGCUCUUUAUCCCGAUUUCCUGUAUGCCAUCUGGCGGUAGUCUCGUUCACAGCCCAGGCACAUGCCUCAGUGGAUACACCAUGGUCGAUCUGUUUGAGUUUAGGAUGGGCCCACGUUGGACGACAGGCCGUGUUCGCGCAUGGGGUGCCGAUUGUUGCAAAAGUGGCUUUACUGAAUCGGAUGAAAUGUGCGUGUCCACCUUUAGCACCCCCGUCACUGGAUACUAUGCAAGAGGAGUGCUCUACACCGAAACGUUAGGGUUAUUUGCCGGUGGCGCGGUGACUACAUAUCCUAUCUACGACCUGAACUAUAGAGGCAACUCCACUGUAAUCAGCAGCGGGUUUAUGCUCAUGAACCAAAUGCGCGCGUACUGGCAAGAGUCUGAUCUCCCAAAGUUCGAUCGCGAUUAUGCGUCGUCACUAGCCGAGGUGUUGCUCCCCAGCAACACUUUCACGCCUACGGCAACAGCCACGGCCACGGACAUCACAAGCGAAACAGCAUCUCCCCCAGGUCGCAGCCAGCUCACGUCAGCGACGUCGUUGGCGGAACCAGAAUCAACCCGUGAGCAAAGUGCCGGUUCCUCCAACUCAGGCCUCAGUAUUGGCGUCAAAGCAGGCAUAAGCGUGGGAGCAGGCAUCGGGGCGAUACUACUGUUUCUCGUUGGAUUCAUACUUUACAAGAGACGUCUUCAGAGGAAGGCGAAACUCGACCAGGAAGCCGUUAAGCAGAAUGAUCAGCCUGAGUUCGUUCCUGUGAAGGAGAAGGAGAAGGAGACAUAUACACUCCCUUCCAGCUCAGCUCGAUGGUCAGACUUUUUGGCCAAUCAAUAA